AUGGACGGCACGGACAACGCCACUGUGCUCUGGGCGCCGUCCUCCCUGCUGCCGGACAAUUAUACGCUGUCGCCCAACGCCAGCAGCCCUGGCCCCGGCACGGACUUCUCCCUGGCUCCCGCCUCCACCCCGGGGCUCAGUCUCGGGCCGGGAUCCAGCUUCAGUGCCGGCCCGACCCCAACCCCGCAGCCCACGACGACGACAGCGGCGGCGGUGGCGACUGGGGGCCAGGGUUCAUCCCCGUUCCCGCGGCCCUGGGUACCCCACGAGCCCCCGUUCUGGGACACGCCGCUGAGCCACGGGCUGAAUGUGCUGGUGGGUGCCGCGCUAUGCAUCACCAUGCUGGGCCUGGGCUGCACUGUGGACGUGAACCACUUCGGGACGCACCUCCGCCGGCCCGUGGGUGCGCUGCUGGCUGCGCUCUGCCAGUUCGGCUUCCUACCGCUGCUUGCCUUCCUGCUGGCCUUGGCCUUCAAGCUGGAUGAGGUGGCUGCCGUGGCCGUGCUCCUAUGCGGCUGCUGUCCUGGAGGCAACCUCUCCAACCUCAUGUCUCUUCUGGUAGACGGCGACAUGAACCUCAGCAUCAUCAUGACCAUCUCCUCCACGCUGCUGGCCCUGGUCCUGAUGCCCCUAUGCCUGUGGAUCUACAGUCGCGCUUGGAUCAACACGCCGCUGGUGCAGCUGCUCCCCUUGGGCGCCGUGACCUUGACCCUUUGUAGCACUCUCAUCCCCAUCGGUCUGGGUGUCUUCAUUCGCUAUCGAUACAAUCGCGUGGCCGACUACAUCGUCAAGGUGUCCCUGUGGUCUCUGCUCGUGACGCUGGUGGUCCUCUUCAUACUGACGGGUACCAUGUUGGGACCGGAACUGCUGGCUAGCAUUCCUGCGGCUGUGUAUGUGGUAGCUAUCUUCAUGCCCUUGGCAGGCUAUGCCUCGGGCUACGGCUUAGCCGCGCUCUUCCGCCUUCCUCCCAACUGUAAGCGGACGGUGUGUCUGGAGACGGGCAGUCAGAACGUGCAGCUGUGCACGGCCAUCCUGAAGCUGGCCUUCCCACCGCGCCUCAUCGGCAGCAUGUACAUGUUCCCGCUGCUCUAUGCCCUAUUCCAGUCGGCCGAGGCGGGCGUUCUGAUCCUCAUCUAUAAGAUGUAUGGGAGUGAAAUACUGCACAAACGAGAGCCUCUGGACGAAGAUGAAGACACAGAUGUUUCGUAUAAGAAGCUAAAAGAAGAAGAAAUGGCCGACACCUCGUACGGCACAGUGAAGACGGAGAACUUGAUCAUGAUGGAGACUACCCAGACUUCCCUCUGA